AUGGACGGUUUCUCUUUCCCACCACCGCCUCCGCCUCCACCAAAAGCAGCAUCUUCAGCACAACCAGAGGCACUUACUGAAUCUAACAACAGAGGGGGACGAGGCGGGAGCCGGGGACGUGGAGCGCGUGGGUCAUUCAGAGGUCGAGGAGGCGCAUCAAACCGUGGUGGUGGAGCAAACUACCAACAUCAAAACACCAAUAAUUCCGGAUACGGACAAAAUGCUGGCAACUACCAAUCAAAUUAUGGAAAUCCACGGCAACAAUAUCCUCAACAGUAUCAUAAUGGUCAACAACAUCCUGUUCCGCAACAGUACCAUGCUCCCCAGCAGUAUCAAGCACCACCUGGAUCCUAUAUCAAUCCUGCAUUCGGAAACGUGCAAGCUCAGGGAUAUCCUCAACCUCAAGUCCCUCAAUACGGACACCUAAGUGGACUUGCUGCUGGACAGAGUAAUCCGCCAUCAUACGGAAAUCACGGCAAUGCCAUUACACCACCAGGAAAACGUACACGAGACCAAGCUUUCGGCAACUCAAACCGAGGCCAUCCCAUGAAGAAACCUUCCAAUGGACCAAAAGCUCAGGCAGCGCCUUCAGUCCCCAGUUUUGGAGCCCCUCUCCUGCCGGCAAAACCUCCAGCACCAUUUUCCUCAGGCGGCGGUUUGAAACCUCGACCUCAAACCAACCUCGGUCUCAUUCCCUCAGCCCACGACCCACAAGACUCGGACCCAGAAGACGACGAAGACGAAGAAGAGGAAGUAGACGAAGAAGCCGCACUAAGCGCUCUUUCCAAUGGCCCUCUAAGUUUUGAAUUCAACGGCGAAUUAUCAACGCUGGGGUCCUCAGCAGAUAUAGCCGAAUGGAUAGAAGAGCGCAAGAAGCGAUGGCCAAGUAAACGCAGAGUAGAAGAAAAAGAGCAAGAGGUGCAGUCGAGAAUGCAAGAGCGCAGACGUAUUGAGCAAGAAACUAAAGCUGCUAUCGCUGUUGCAUCAGGGGGUCAGUACCAACCUGUGGAGAGAAGAGAUGUUCGUCAUCAACGGGAGAUGAGGGACCCUGCUGCUGAGAGACUAGCGAAAGAGGAUGGAGACUCGAUGAUGCAGGACACGCAAGAGCAAUCAGCCUCUGCAACACAACAACCCGAUCAACCAACAGCAACAGACUCCACAGUCACUUUAUUGAACGACGACCAACAUCACUCGGAUUCCGACAGCGAUGCACCCCCUGAAGUCACCUCUUCGAAACCUUCCCAACCCGUCCAGAUUCCUCCUCCCUCAACCGCACCCAACACUCACUCAAAAUCGGCUCCCCCUGAAGCCAAACCCUGCAUAAGUUUCGUCAAUCAAGGCCGCUGCAAGUUCGGAAAUAAAUGCCGCUACAAGCACGAUGCUGCUUCUGGAGGACAAGAUAAAGGAAAGAGAAAGACAUUGUUUCAACGACUUGUGGAGCAGGAAAUGGAUGAGGAAAAUAAGCUCGCGUUGCAGGCAAUCAAGUACCUAGGCGGUGUCGGAUUCUUUUCCAAGCAUGCUACUGCUUCUUGA